AUGGCGAAUAUUUCUAAAACCCACUGGUCUUUCUCAGAAUCGAGCAGCGCUGUCCCACACAGUGACACGGCUGGGCAGGCAGAAUGGCGACUUCGGAAGCGCCCAAGGCCUCCCAGGGAGCUGAUCGGGGUGACCAGAAGGCUGCAAAGCCGGCCAAGGCUGGCCAGGUGGCCGUAAAGGCAGCCUCAGUCCGGACAAGCAGGGAACUGGAGCCCAUUCAUGUUGGCAGCGCCUGGGUCAGGUCCAGGAGGCUGGGCCAAGUCCCGGAGGCAGACCCUGGGACCAGAAGGUGUAACCAGAGGGAGACGUAGAUUUCAGUUCCAGGGUAUAAAGUUCAGCAUAGCCAAGAAGGAGCUGAAAGUCACUUCUUGGAAUGUUUGAAGGACACCAUCUCACACCAAGCCAUACAUGAUAAACUUGCACGUCCUGUGAAGCACGUGCGACUUCAAAGGCAGCUCUCGCGGGUUUGCUUGGGGAGAAGAGCGCGUACUUUUAUUUCUGGUUUUGGCACAAUUCCACCAAUCUCAUUUUGAUGGCCAGGAAGCAAAACCCUUCCAUUCACUCUCCGUUCAUUUGCAUUUAGCAGAUCCACCUGCGUUUUGCUACAGAGGCAGUUUUUACCCUGAAGAGUUUCUUUAACCUGUAUACGAGGCUUUAUUUUACAGGAAAAAGGAAGAGGGCAGAGAGUUGUUGAUUUCAAGGGAACCCUUCAAUAGCCCAGUUCGAUAAUUGCCCCCUCCUCAACUUCCCCUUGCUUCCCACCAUCAUGAGUGUCUUUGGAGUUUGAGAUAGUUUUUGUUUGCUGAAGGCAAAUAUCCUUUCAGUACAAGGGUCAUGAUGUAAAGAGGGCUCCUGGGCUCAUGGCAAAAGUCGGGAUUCCUUGGAGGUGGGUGUGCAGGUAUGGCUUCAACCCAGUGCUUGUGCACAGUGGUGUUGUGUGUGGGUGUGUGUGCACAUGGGUGCGUGUGCAAGCACACUUCUAGAGAGCCUGAGGUGUCAAGGUUGCUCUCAGGCUGUUCCUAAUGCCUUGUGCUGUGUGUUGCCGAUGUGUGGCUGCAUCGUGUGAGAGGUGCAUGUGUGUGUCAUGUGUGUUGUGUGCGUGUCCUUUCCUGCCUGUGUUUUCUGAGCUGAGUCUCCUUUCUGGCCUGUCUUUGCCCUGCCUUGCCCCGUCACUCGCCGUCCCCACACAUCCAUGGAGACUGAUUUGGUUCUGUUGGUGCCAUGGUUUGUCUUUUUAUUUUGAGAUUGGGUCUUACCAUAUUGCCCAGGCUUCUUCCUUGUCUUGAACUUGAGAUCUUCCUGUCUCAACCUACUGAGUAGCUGGGAUUACAGAUUUUUUGCACUGUGCCUGGUUCUGAGUGAUGUUGUUUUCAUUUUUAAUAUUUUUGAUCCUAUUUAUUUCUGAUCACUGUUAUUACUCUUUUCCAAACUAAUCCCUGUGUCUGCUUAACCCAUUAGAGUGUGGUCCUAAUGAGCCUGACAUGGUCUUACUGUCUUUUAGGUCUUUUGACUGCUUAGGGAGAAACUGCUAGUUUCCGUGAGAAGGGAAAGAAGAUCUGGGUCUAGUUCCACAAGAUGUUAUUAGCUCUGAUGGACAAGAUGUUAUUUGCUUCACUGUCUUAGAUACUAAGCUUCUUUUUAUUCCAGCAUUACUAACUUGUAACUUGUCUCUAUUUUCUUUAAUCUUUCAUUAGUAAUGGUACCUUAAACUAUAAAGGAUAGUAAUAUACUAUUAGCACUGGUGACAUCAGUAUGCUAAAAGAUUUACCUCCUCCAACCCUUCUUUCUUCAUCAAAAUAGGACCUUCCUCGAAGGGUUUGGUAAAAUGAACUUAAU